AUGGGAUUAAAUCAAGCAAAAAUUGAAGAUUAUGUUUAUAAUUCUAUUGGUAAGCAUACUCAAUUAAAACGAGAUGAUAUACUUGCAUGGCAACAACGUUUUAUUCAACAUUGUUAUCCUGGUUCACAAACAAUGACAAAAGAACAAUUUUGCAAAUUUUAUCAAGAACUUCGUCCACAUGAAAAUGUUAAACUUUUAAGUGAAAAUGUUUUUCGUGCUUUCGAUUUAAAUGGUGAUCAUGGAAUAACUUUUUCUGAAUUUCUUGUGGCAUAUGUUACAACAACUGAAGCACCAUUAGAAGAUAAACUUUGUUAUGCAUUUAAUGUUUAUGAUAUUGAUCGAAAUAGUUCAAUUGAUCGUGCUGAAAUUUUAUUUAUUUUACAUGCAAUGUUUGAAUUAUUAGGCAUGAAUGAUAAAUCUCAUAAAUUUUCAUAUAAUCAAUGUGCUGAUGCGAUUAUGAAAAGUCUUGAUGUUAAUAAAGAUCAAUGUAUAUCGAAAGAAGAAUUUAUUCAAGGUUUAUUACGAGAUCCAUUUUUACAAAGUCUUAUGAAUCCUUUUCAACAUGUUUAA